AUGCAAGAAGAUGAAGAAAGAAAAACCUUGCUUAAUAAUAAACACGUUUCAUAUUCUGCUGAUAAUCAUAAUCAACAUCAUUCAUCUCGUCUUGAAUGGGCAGAAUCGUCUUGGAUUCGAUUUUUCAAUGUACUAUUUUGGUGUUGGAUGAAUCCGAUUCUUAAUGCAAGCUGUAAACGACAACUUACAGUAGAUGAUCUUGAUGAUAUACCUCAGGUUGACAAAGCUUCUGUAUUAUUAGAUAGAUUAUCUUCGUAUGACUGGUCAUCAACAACAACGUGGAAUAUUGUUUGUAAAGAAUUUGGAAAAGAUUACAUUUUUUGCUAG